UGACUUAAAGGAACGGUUCCCCUCCCCCGUCAGCGACACCUUUUUUUUUUGCGGGCUGAAUUGAGUCUCGUCCCCUGAGGAAAAGUUUCCUCCAGAACCCAUGAAUGCGAUUUCCGUAGCAUGUUGAAUCGCUUCCCCGCUUGGAGGAAAGUCGUCGGCAACCUACCGGCUGCUUUUCGGUCUCAUCCGCUUCUGGAGCCCAGCUUUGCACGUAUUUGCUCUCGGUGAAGUCCGGGAGUUGCUUCCAAAGCCAACCGGACUAUCCUGAACGUUGGUGUAAAGUCUUAUUUAUAGCAGCGUCGGUUGUAGCAGUUCCCGGUCCUUUAAAUACAGCGUGAAAAACGAUCCUAAAAGAUAUAAAUAAGUGUCAUCGCCUGGCUGGCUUUCUGUUUCCUUCUUCCAUCAACGGGACUCUCGCAGCCUCUAGUGUCGCUAGUUUAGAGCAUUACCGUGUAAAUAUUUAUUUGGUCCGGCUAAGAAAUAUUGGAACUGAAGGCAGCGUGUUUCUCUCGGUUGUACUAACAAGACACGGAAGAGCUCAAAUGAAAGUCAUAAAAUCAUUUAAAUAUAACAUUAGAGUCACGCUGGAUCAACAUACGUGCAUGAUGGAUGGUAAAAAAAAGAGGUGUAACAAACGUACGAUGAGUUCCUUCUCAUGGUGUUAAAUGUUUGCUGAAGUAAGAUUACUACCUGCCAUGCAAGAAAAGUGCAGCUUUAGGUGCUCCUUUCCCUUUAUGAUCCAUAGUAUGGUGCUGCACCUUAUCGAUGUAAUAAUCAACUAGCAUGAAGGUGUAAUUAGGAAAUUAGUGGCUGCAUUGACUAGCCUUUAAAAAAUUAAGGGGAAGAUUCACCUCUGUAGUUGAAGAGUCAGGUUGAGUUUGGAAGAACAUUUAAUAUUAGCACAGUUGCCUGCAAACCAGAAUGCAAAACUAGUAUUUGCUAUGCUAGCAAGGAACAAAGUUGAUGUCAACUUUAAGAGAUAAUAACAUCCCUUAAUUAUUGCUAAAUAUGGAGUGAAAGAUUGUAGAAAUAAUAACAUUAACUAAAAUGGAUCCUACUCUCCUGUGUUGCUUAGAUAAUUGAAGCUGCUGUUGAUGAGACCAUCAGGAUUUUAAUGCAGUAAUUUGACUUUUGCACUGAAUGUAGCCAGGACAGGUGCUAGUGGGCUUCAAUAGCCCUAAGAAACUGUCAAGAAUUUCAUAUUUCAGCAGAAUUUUGCACAUAUUCUGUUCCCAUGCAAACCGAUGAGGGAGAAAUUUUGGAAGAAGGCAGUUCCAAGAUGGAACAUGAGGAUUUUGUAAUGGAAGGGCAUGGCAAGACUCCACCUCCUGGUGAAGAAAACAAACAAGAGAAGGAGCAAGAAAAGGAAGAACAGUUAAUGGAAGACAAGAAAAGAAAAAAAGAGGAUAAGAAAAAGAAGGAAUCUACUCAGAAGGUCACAGAUCAAAAAACCAAAGUGCCCGAAGCGACAAAAACAAGUUUAAGCCAACCAGUGACCGCCAGCCCAAUUGGCAGCUCUCCAUCGCCACCUAUAAAUGGUGGCAAUAAUGCCAAAAGGGUGGCAGUGCCGAAUGGUCAACCGCCAAGCGCUGCCCGCUACAUGCCUCGGGAGGUGCCGCCGCGAUUUCGUUGCCAGCAGGACCACAAAGUGUUAUUGAAACGUGGACAGCCCCCUCCGCCAUCUUGUAUGCUCCUUGGAAGUGGAGUAGGGCCUACUUCCUCUCCAGCACCUGGAGCAAAUCCAAACAACGCACAACCAGUAACAGGAGUGCUACUGCCAUGUGACAGUGGGACUGCAACCGAUUCAACAACUGGAGGUGCUGCUGCUUCAAAUUAUGCAAAUUCCACUUGGGGUCCUGGAGUGUCCUCCAACAGCACCAAUGUCAACCCUACUCAUGUCUGGGACAAGGUGAUUGUAGACGGGUCUGACAUGGAAGAGUGGCCUUGUAUUGCUAGCAAAGAUACUGAGUCUUCUUCCGAAAACUCCACAGACAACAACAGUGCCUCAAACUCCGGCUCAGAGAAGAGCACUCUGCUGGGAAGCACCAGUAGCAACAAAGGAAAAGGAAACCAGUGCCAGUCUGGAAGCUCUGGUAAUGAAUGUAAUCUUGGGGCUUGGAAAUCCGAUCCCAAGGCUAAACCUGUUCAAUCUUCCAGUCCUUCAGCAGAGAGUAAUGGUAGUCUAACAAGCUGGAGAAACUUGAGUGGGCAGGAUAGAAUUGGCCCCAAUCCUGGCUUCAGCAACUUUAACCCAAAUAGCAACCCAUCUGCUUGGCCAGCACUAAUUCAGGAGGGCAAUUCAAGGAAAGGGACUUCAGAAACUGAUAAUGGUGGUUCAAAUGCACAGAUUAAUACAACAGGUCAGACUUCUAGGGAACAGCAGUCAAAGAUGGAAAAUGCGGGUGUUAAUUUUGUCUCUGGCAGAGAACAUGCUCAAAUCCACAACACUGAUGGACCAAAAAAUGGAAAUGCUAUAUCCUUGAACUUAAGUUCACCAAACCCAGUAGAGAAUAAGGGAAUGUCCUUUGAAAUGGGUUUUGGGAACCCCUCCAGGAGCACUGAUACCCCUUCACAAAGCACUGGAGAGAGAAAAACUGGGAACGUUGGGUCUUGGGGUACAGCUAGGGGGCCUUCUGGAAUGGACUGUGCUUCUAAUCAAAGUAAUUCUGGAAAUCAUGGGAACAAUGGGAAGGAUAGGGAAGACUUAUGGAAGGGAGCUUCUGUUCAAAAAUCAAAUGGGUCAAGAAAUGAAUCUUGGGAUAAUAAUAAUAGAUCUACGGGUGAUGGGUCUUGGACCGUUGGCCCUCAACACUCUGGUGAAAGUAAAUGGAAUGAAGGGAACAAAAUGACAUCAGGGAUGUCUCAGGGAGAAUGGAAACAGCCGUCUGGGUCUGAUGAACUGAAGAUUGGUGAAUGGAAUGGUCCAAACCAACCAAAUUCUAGCACUGGAGCAUGGGACAAUCAAAGGGGCCACCCGCUUCCUGAAAACCAAGGUAAUUCCCAGGCUCCCUGUUGGGGACGAUCUUCUAGUUCUGCAGGAAGUGAGAUUGGAGGUCAAAGCACUGGAAGCAACCAUAAAGCAGGAAGCAGUGAUAGUCACAAUUCUGGACGCCGAUCAUACAGGCCUACCCAUCCUGAUUGUCAGGCAGUUUUGCAAACUUUAUUAAGCAGGACUGAUUUAGACCCCCGAGUGCUUUCAAAUACCGGUUGGGGUCAAACUCAAAUCAAGCAAGAUACUGUUUGGGACAUAGAAGAGAUGCCAAGAGCUGAAGGAAAGUCUGAUAAAGGUACUGAGGGGUGGGAGAAUUCUGCCAUACAGACAAAGAACUCAGGGGGCUGGGGAGAUGCACCCAGCCAAAGCAAUCCAAUCAAGUCUGGAUGGGGUGAGCUUUCAACUCCAACAGAAUGGAAAGAGCCCAAAAACACUGGAGGAUGGAAUAAUGAUUACAAGAGCAAUUGUUCUAACUGGGGAGGGGGAAGACCAGAAGAAAAAGUCACAACAUCUUGGAAUGAGAAUUCCAACAAAGACCCAGGAUGGAAUGGGCGGCCACCUAAUCAGGGAUGGUCUUCUGGGAAGAAUGGCUGGGGAGAAGAAGUUGACCAAACAAAAAAUGGCAAUUGGGAAACUUCAGGAAACAAAUCAAUAUCAGGUUGGAGUGAAGCUGGCCAGAAUGAGAUUGGCACUUGGGGUAAUAAUGCAAAUUCAAACUCUUCUUCUAAAGCAGGGUGGGAUAAUAAUAAAAGAACUCCAGCAUGGAAUGAUACUGGUAGACAAUCCAGUUCCUGGAAUAAUCCACAACAGCACCAUCAGCAGUCAGAGGCACCCAGUUCCUGGGACCCACCACCACCUCAACCACCACAGCCUCCAGGUAAUGGAAGGCUACCCAAUUCUAACUGGAACAGUGGGCCACAAUCAACUGUCUCAAAGGAUGAAGAACCCAGUGGCUGGGAAGAACCAUCCCCCCAGUCAAUUAGUCGUAAAAUGGAUAUUGAUGAUGGCACCUCAGCAUGGGGAGACCCCAAUAGUUACAACUAUAAGAAUGUGAACCUGUGGGACAAGAACUCACAAAGUGGACAAGCUUCACGAGAUCAGAACCACCCUCCUCCAAGGCCAAGCAAAGUAACAACCUCAGUCUGGAACAAAAGCACACCUCCUGCACCAGAUAAUGGUACCGCUGCUUGGGGUGAACCAAAUGAAGCCAGUCCUGGUUGGGGUGAAGUAGAGGAAGCAGGGACUUCUACCACAUGGGGAAAUGGAUCCUCCAGUACAUCAAAUGCCAUAAAACCUAAUUCCAAAUCACCUCAAGAUGGCUGGGGCGAUAAUGAUGGGCCAGUAUCAGGAACACGGCAUUCCAGCUGGGAAGAGGAAGAGGAGGGAGGAGUCUGGAACACAGCAGGCUCUCAGGGAAGUAAUUCCUCCCAUAAUUCAACCAGCUGGGGACAAGGAGGAAAAAAACCACAAAUCAAGUGUUCAUUAAAAGGAGGAAGUAGUGAUUCAUGGAUGAAUACCUUAUCUGAUCAGAUUUCAAAUAUGGGAUUGUUGAAUCAAACUGAAGAUACUUCAGGCAAUAAGAUGGACUUAUCAGUAGGUGGUCUACAAGAUAAGAAGUUUGAUGUAGACAAACGAGGCAUGAAUCUCGGAGACUUUCAUGACAUAAUGAGAAAGAAUCGAUCUGGUUUUCGUCCUCCUAGCUCCAAAGAUAUGGGAAACCCAGAUAGUGGGCCUUACUUUGAAAAGCUGACUUUGCCUUUCUCCAAUCAAGAUGGGUGCCUUGGGGAUGAGGCUCCCUGCUCUCCCUUCUCCCCUUCUCCCAACUACAAGCUAUCUCCCUCUGGUUCCACAUUACCAAACGUCUGCCUUGGGGCAAUCGGCUCAGGGCUCAACCCCCAAAACUUCACUGCUAGACAAGGUGGCAAUCAAGGUCUGUUUGGAAAUAGCACAGCACAAUCGAGAGGGAUGCACCCACCAGUGCAGCCGCUAAACCCUUCCCCCAAUAUUCGGGCACAAGUGCCUCCUCAAUUUCUUUCCCCCCAGGUUUCUGCAUCCAUGCUUAAGCAAUUUCCUAACAGUGGUCUGAAUCCAGGCCUUUUCAAUAUGGGGCCCCAACUUUCUCCUCAACAGAUUGCUAUGUUGAGCCAACUUCCACAGUUUCCUCAGUUUCAGCUUGCCUGUCAACUGCUCCUCCAGCAGCAGCAGCAGCAGCAACAGCAACAACUGUUACAAAAUCAGAGAAAGAUUUCUCAAGCUGUACGACAACAACAGGAACAACAGCUUGCCCGUAUGGUAAAUGCCCUUCAACAACAGCAAAGGCAGCCAGGCAUGAAACAUUCUCCAUCACAUCCAGUUGGACCUAAGCCUCAUUUAGACAAUAUUGUACCUAGUGGUCUAAAUGUGGGUCUCUCAGAUAUGUCAACCAAAGGGCAGAUUCCUGUAUAUAAUUCAGGUUUUGGUUCAAGUAGCAUGGAUUAUGGCAUGGUAGGAGGGAAAGAAACUGGAACAGAAUCUCGUUUUAAACAGUGGACUUCUAUGAUGGAUGGCUUGCCACCUGUAGCUUCCCAAGAUGCCAGUAUGCACAAAAAUGGGACAAUUGUGCCCCCUGGAAAAGCCCGAGGGGGAUCUCCCUAUAACCAAUUUGAUAUAGUUCCUGGCGACCCACUGGGCAGCCAUACAGGUCCUGCUGGUGAUAGUUGGCUACCAGCCAAAUCCCCACCAACCAGUAAAAUUGGAAGCAAAUCCAGCAAUGCCAGCUGGCCACCAGAAUUUCAGCCAGGAGUGCCGUGGAAAGGUAUUCCAAACAUUGAUCCUGAAUCUGACCCUUAUGUGACCCCAGGAAGUGUGCUGGGAGGUACAGUCACAGCCCCCAUUGUAGAUACGGAUCACCAACUUCUGCGGGAUAACAGCACAGGGUCUAAUUCUUCCCUCAACACCUCGCUGCCUUCACCUGGUGCCUGGCCCUACAGUGCCUCUGACAAUUCUUUCACAAAUGUUCAUAGCACUUCAGCAAAAUUCAAUGAUUACAAAUCAACGUGGUCCCCAGAUCCCAUAGGACCUAAUCCAGCUCAUCUCUCUACUAAGUUAUGGAAAAACCAUAUUUCCUCAAGAAACACUACAGGGCUGCCACGCCCACCUCCUGGUCUGAGUAAUCUGAAAACAUCCUCUCCCUGGAGUAGCACAGCGCCCCGCUCACUCAGGGGGUGGGGUACGCAGGAUUCAAGGCUUGCCUCUGCCUCUACUUGGAGUGAUGGUGGUUCUGUACGUCCCAGCUACUGGCUGGUUCUUCACAAUCUCACUCCGCAGAUUGAUGGGUCAACUUUAAGGACCAUCUGCAUGCAGCAUGGUCCAUUGCUGACAUUCCAUCUCAACCUGACCCAAGGCACCGCCCUUAUCCGGUACAGCACCAAGCAGGAGGCAGCUAAGGCCCAGACUGCACUGCACAUGUGUGUUUUGGGAAACACUACCAUCCUGGCUGAAUUUGCAACAGACGAGGAAGUUAGUCGCUUUCUGGCACAAGCUCAGCCUCCUACUCCUGCAGCAACCCCCAGUGCACCCACAGCAAGCUGGCAGUCUCUUGAGGCAGGACAGAAUCAGACAGAUCCAGUUGGACCUGCUUUGAAUCUUUUUGGUGGGUCAACAGGGCUUGGGCAGUGGAGCAACAGUGGUGGCGGCAGCAGUGGGGGUGACCUUGCUGGUGCUUCAUUAUGGGGGCCUCCAAAUUAUUCUUCAAGUUUAUGGGGGGUUCAAAGUGUAGAAGAUCCCCACAGAAUGGGAAGCCCUGCUCCCUUACUACCUGGAGACCUUCUAGGCGGAGGGUCGGAUUCAAUCUGAACUUAAAACUUUCAACUCUGACCUCGUGACCUUUUUGGAACAGCAGCAGCACUAACGUGACCUUUUCUUUUUUUUCAACUUGCAAUAAAUACAUUUUAAAAGGAAAAAAGAAAAUGGAGAGAGAAAAAAGGUGGGUCAUUGACAGGACCGUCUGAGCACAUAGUUGCCUCCCUUACAACUUCAGUUUUUUCGUUUGGAAUAUGAAUCCAAAAAGAGAACAUAUCACUCUUGAAAUACUUGAAUCAUGAACGCCAACUUAGAAAGACAAUGUGAAGCAAGUACACAUACCAUUUAAAACUAAACACAAAAAAUUUAAAAAAAAUUAGUUUCUAGUUUUUCACUUUUUCAUGUUAUACGGAAGUUGUUGCUAAGAAACAUAUAUACUGAAAAAUAGCUUUUUAACUUUGUUUGCACUGGGUGUGUUUCCGUCCUUAGGUCUACUAUGUUGGGGGUGGGGUUCAGAAGAAUUGGGGUGGGUUGGGAGGGAAAGACUUGACGGAGCCUCACUUUAAAAAACAAAAAAGGAAAAAAAACACUUUGUGAUUGGCUGGUUGAUAUAUACCAGUAUGUUCUGGCACAUGUAACUGCCUGUGUGUGUGUGUAUCUGUGUGAGAGUGUAUGUCUGCAUGAUUGUGUGUGUGUGUGUGUGUAUGUAUGUGUGCGCGCGCACAUUUCUGUCUUGAAAAGCUGCAUUGUUGUUGGUCAGCAACCUAUCUGACUAGAUUCUUAAACUGAAUAAUGAUGGUGCCUGUUGCAAAAAUCAAAUUGAUCUGUGUUUCAAAUCUUAUUAGUUGGUGGUAUUUUAGCAGGGUAUUAAGUGCACUACAAGUUGUGUUCUGACCCUGUUAUAAAGCAAAACACUGCCAUAUCCUAAGGAUUUGGUGAGAGGGAUGCCAAUGUGUGAUUUUAGGGUUUCUGGGAAGGGAGAGGGAAAGAGAGAAUGUAGAAUUUUGUUUUGCCUAGAAGUAUAUUUUUCUUUAAUAAGAGUUAUUGGCAGAACCCAAGGUUAUUUCUUACGAAAAGGCUUUUCUUCUUUUGGAAACCUUCCAGAAGAAAGAAAGCAUCACAUUUGUUUGUGACAAAGACCUAUACAAUGGUUGAAGCUUCUGCAAUCCUAAAGAAUUCACUCCUGAAGCCUGUAUGAAGAUUCUUAUCCAUUCAUGGAAAACCCACUAAUAAUUCAGGCCAAAGUAUAUUUUCUUGAUCUACUGUUAUGACAGAGUUACAAUGUCAGUAGUUUGCUGGCCUGUCACCUAUUGAAAGCACAUGCAGCAACUUUUGUUCUCUUUCCCCCAUUGUGUUACCUGUGCCAGGCCUAGGUGUAUUACAGCACCAGAUCAUCACUGACAGAAACGUUUACUUAAGAAUGUUCUUAAACCAGUGUGUACUUUGAGCAUUUUUUUUCUCUGUAUUUUUCCAUGUAUGUCAUGCUUAGGGUUUGCUUAGGCGGACAUAUAACUGGCAAAGACUUCUUUUGUUUAUAAAGUAUUGCACCUUUAUUAUUUUUACUUUUCCCUGUACUGUUGCUUUUUAUUGUCGGUAUUUAAAGAAAGGUGGUGGUGGUUGUUUCUUUGUUUUAAAAAAACAACCAUUAUAGUAGUACUCCAGGCAUGAUAGGGGAGACCUAUCAUUAAUUCAAAAGAUAGCCAGUGUCUACACUGGGAACAGAAUUGCUUAUUGUGAAGACAGCUGUAGCAAACAUUGCCUUUAUAGCAAAGGAGUUUUCAGGAUGGAUAGAAUGGAUAAAAACAAGUAGGGAACUCAUUGCAAAUAUUCUUUAAAGUACUAGAACUUGGCUCUGGCUUUUCACUAGGUUUGCAUUAUACUGAAUAAAAAAAGAAGUGCUGCAAUAUUCUGUACCAGCAAAUACAUUCAUACUCCAGCACUUGGAAGUAGCAGAUAAUAUUGUACAGUUUAAAAACAGAAGAAUCUUUCUCCUUCAACAGUUUCAUUGAACUAUACAGUGGUGUGUCUGGUAUAUAAAUAGAAGUGUUGAUAGCAAGUUUAAAACAAACGUUCUUGCAUUUAUAUCAAAAGGGAGAUUUGCGAAUUAAUUUGGAAUGUGAAUUCUUUGACACAAAAAAGACGAAGGGAGUGCCCACGUUUAUAUUUGCCUGUUUCACUAUCAUAGUAAGUAGGUACACAUAAGCAGGUGUUAUGCAUUUAAACUUUAAAAUCUGCAUAUGUAGAUCUUCAGCAUUUUCCCUUAUUUUGCUUUUAUUCUACCUUGUUUGUGUAAGCAAGAUCAUUUUUUUAAUCCUGCCAGUUAUGUUUCCAUUAUAGCCCAUAAACAUGCCUGUUCCUAAAGCAACAAUGCUCAUUGCUAGACAUUAGCUGUUUAAAAUCAUGCAGGAUAAAUUAAAAGAAAAAAUUAGAAAAACAUCAAGGUGCAGCAACUUAUGGCCCCCAAGCAUUUUCCAUAUGUGAUAUGACACACAAGCUGGUUUACUACUGUGUUGUCAUUCUUUCCCAACCUGCCUUUUGAUCCCUUUACCUGCACUUUGGAUUUGUUGAAUUCAUUACAAUAUUAUGGUGAAAGCCAGGUGCUAGAGCCCCUCUUGUUUACAAGACAUAAUGAGGGAACUGAAAAAAAAAUUAACAAAUGAAAAGCUAAAAUGUUCUUCCAUCACAAGCUUAAAGGGAAAAAAAUUAAACAUAAAAAGACCAAAAAGUGUGUGUGUGUGUGUGCAUGCGCACAUAUGUGUCUAUCUCAUAAAUAUUCACACACACGCACACAUAUACACACACACUCAUAUAUGUAUGUAUGUAUAUCUCAAUGAAGAUUAACUCUGGGAGCAUUUAACAGUGUUUUGAGUUUAACAUUUAUUUUCCUGCUUUAUCUUUGCAAGCAUUCUCAGGAAUUCUAGGGUAGGAAGCCAGUUUUUGAAGAUGGUUUAUUUAAUCUUUACUUCUCCUAGAUAGAUGGCUUUUUCUUAAAAUUUUACAAGUUCCUGGUCACACAGAAAAUGCAAGGUUUUUUUUUCUUUAAGAAAAGCAAAAAAUUGAAAAAGAAAACCUGACAGACAAAUUCCACUCUUCAAAACUGUGGAUCAAUUUUUAAGCUACAACUCAAUUCUCACAUGUAGCAGCAAAAAUUCAUUGUAUUCUUUAAAGUCCAGUUUGUGAGAAGAUUUAUACUUGUAGAGCUUAAUCUCAAGUGGGACGGUAUAUGCCAUUGAAUAGGAGAGAGGAUUGUGGAUGAAUGGAUUAUAAUCAUCUAGUUAUUUCUCAAAGAACAUAAUCUUCCUCCAAGCACCUUUUUUUUAAAGAAAAAAGAAAAAUUUUAAAAUAAAAAAAUGAAAAUGUUACUUGAUUAUGUAAGUAAGCCACAGAUAACAGGAGAUGCUGGGAAUAAGGGUUAAUGCUUCCUGAAAUCUGUUUUCAAAUUGACAGAAUGCUUCAGAAAUGCUGCAUCUUUAUUAUGUCCCAGCAGUGAAGCAAUUUUAGCAUGUGUGUGUUUUAAAAAAGGAGUGACUUUAAGAGAAUCCCGUGAAAUGUGCAUUGUAAAAGAUUUGGCUUGCAUGAUUUUAAUACUAAUUUUGAAGUUUGCUUUUUAAUUUCUCUGCCAGAUUUGUGUAAAUUAUAAAAAGUUUGGAAUUUUGGAAGAGAUAAAUUAGCUGUUGUUGCCAGAUACUGAUAUUCCCAUGUUUUAGAAUAAGUCUAUUGCUGCCAUGCUUAGAAUGAUUAGAUUUUAGCUUCCAGUACCAACAGGAAGGGCUUAAUUGGCUCGAUGCUUUUAUGUGGAAUAAAAUUACAAACCAUUUUAGUGCCUUUGUAAAAACAUCCAUAUAUCCUACAAAAGGACAAAUGCAGUCUAGUCACUCCCAAGGAUAUAAGUGAUCCAUUUUCUAAAUUGAAAUAAUUGUUCUGGGCAUGCAGAGAAGAAACCUCAAAGGCCUAUCAUUUUAAGAGUUAUAUGCACACACAUGUAUACACACCUGUGUUCGUGUGUUUUUAUUGACUAAGGCAGUUUCAUCUUUUAAAACUUCUUGUUUUGCAGUAUUCUUCAUAUUCAAAAAACCUACUAGAAUGUGUAAUGAGAGUAACUCCCCAUUACUAUUAUUCAGAUUUCAUAUGAUUUUUAGAGGCAAGUAAUAAACACAAUGAUGGUUUCUCAAUGUAGAGAGAUAGUAAGGUGUACAGUAGUGUUUGGUAACAUCAGUUGUUUUCUAUAGCUAUUGACUUGUUUCCCUCAAGUUCAUAUGUAAAUGAUAUAUCAACUGGAAAAUAGUAUGAUGGGGCCUGUUGGGUAGUGUGUAUGUAUGUGUGUGUGUGUGUGUGUUAAUAAGCUAUCUGAAUACUUAAUCAAGUUUUGAUUUAUUGUUGACAAAUUCUUCAAGGACAAUUAGUGAACAAAUCUAAAUUUUUUAGAAUAUCUAAAAUAUUGACUGACCAUUGCUCAAAUUAUAAGAGUAUACACACAAUUAUAUUACACAAAAUAUUUUUACCUCCAAGCUAUGCAUAUGAAAGCUGUCAAAAUUUUAAAGGUUGAUAAACAAUAUUAAAGCCUUAGCAGACUUCUACCUUUUAAUAUAUAAAAUGUUUCAUUUCUGUUGUGGAGGAGUAGGAGGAUGACAAUAAAUUAGGUCUGCUUUGAAAGUUGCAUGCUCUGUCUGACCAGUGGAAGUGAUCUAUUUGGACACCAGAAGCACCUAACCAUAUUCAAAAGAGAUUUUUGUAGGCAAAAAGGAAAUAGUGACAGACAGGAAAAGAUAGACAGUGAGCAAACAAGAUUUUCCAUUAAUAACUUAAUAUAAAUUUUGCUACUUUCAAGGACUAUGGAAACAACAAUAAUCAGGUAAAGUAUUUUAAACUGUUUUGUGGGCCAUGUUAUUUUCAUAUCAUUUAACAAAAAGGAGUCCAAGAGCUACAAAAGUUUCUGACAGAAUUGCUGGUCUGUACUUCACAUUUUAAAGCAAAGUAUCACUUUAUUUUGAUUUGCAUAAAAAUAUCCCUUUCACAAAGAAAGGGAAAAAGCUCAUGCCACUUCUAAUAACUUAAUCUACAAAGCUCACUUAAAGCAGAUUUUAAAUUCUUAUCAGUCCUGAUAUUUUUCCUUACUUUCUUUAAAAUGUGCUUUUAAGCGUGAGUUAUUUAGAAUCUGGUUUUGAUGAGUUAGAUAGUAGGGGUUUUUUGUCUUGUCCUAAUGAGAUUUUUUUUUAAAUUCAGGAUGUUUAUUUUAGAAUUUUCCUCAAUAUAGCAUCAGAGGAAGAUAUAACUCAGAAGAAGAAGCAGGCUUUCCCAAUGCAUCCGUACAGAAUUGCUCCUGAUUUUAUAAAAUUGUUGAUUCCUUUUGUCAAGGGAUAUCUGAAAGCAGGUUUCUCCUCUAUCACUUAUCCUCGAUAUAGCUACUAAUCUUCUUUAUAGCACCCUUAACAGGAAUUAGUAACCCAUUUAUUGUUGUAUGAUUGGACACUUUCUUCAAAUUUUAUUUUUGAAGAUUUUUUUUAAAAAAUAGUAUAGGUAGAUCUGCAUAUAUAACAGAAGUUGAUUCCUAUUCAAGAUGACAUUCGUUUUUAUUGCUACAGUGAAAGUGAAAUAGUGUAAUUCUGUCUUGCAUAUUUUAAACAGUGAACAUCCAAAUAAUUACACACUAGUAUAUUUUUAUAAUAAGGGCUGACAGAACCCCAGAGAAGGUUCUAUUUAGUUUAGCUAUAUUACUUAUUUAUAAAUAUACAACAAAAACAUUUUAUUCUUAGUACAAAUUUACUCAAAAUUAAGUUUAAAUGAUGCAUUCUCAAUUUAAUGCACACUCUCAGGAGCAUGCAUUGAUUUUAAUCAUACUUAUUAAAGAAAUUCCAAAAAGUCUUUGGAAAAGUCUUUGUCAAAAAGUCUAGUUGUUCGUGACAUUCUUCAUACUAAUGUCAGCCAUUGUGUGGCUUGAUAGUAUGCUAAAAUCUUACUACGGACCUAAUGUACAGAAGGAAUUGGAUCUGGCUUUAAAGUUGCAAAUCUUGUUACAUUAGUUUCAGUGUGAUUUUAUUGUAGGUAUGAUUAAAUUUGUAUUCAAUUUCAUUUUACAUCCUAACACUCUUGCAUUAAUUUAUGUAUUCCAGAAAUAUAUUGCAGAAUUUCCUACUGUACUAUUUCAUCUCAAAGCUUUAAACCUUUUCAAAAUGCAAUAGCAUUAGUCUGAUCCCUCUGCAGAGAUCAUGAUGUAUUUAGACAUAAACGUAGCAUCUGCUAGGAACAAUUCAAAUCAAGCAUGAUUUUUCUCUGAAUCAUGUGCCAGCUAUGGAAUGGCUCAAUGAGCACAGGAAAAGAUACUACUGCUUUAAAGUCUUUCUGACUAUGUGUGCAUCAACAUGAGCUCUGUUACAUCUGCCCUUCAAAUCUGAAUCUGCAGCUUUAAUAAUUUUUUAUUUGUUGUGAACAUGAAUAGUUCUAAAGAAAAAAUUCAACAUUGCUAUAAAUGUGGGCUGAAGUGAAUUUUAUGCUGAAGAUGAGAACAUUUCUAAAAAUUACUGUUAAAAUACAGACAAAUAGUAACCAAAUUAAAUUAUUUCCGCUCUAUGUAUUAAAACCAAAACAAAUUUUUAUCUAGAUCUUCUGAUUGGCAGGCCUCCUAAAAUGCUGGCAGUUACCAGACCAACAUAAGUGUCCUUUCAAUGUUCUCAUUAGGGGUGCUACGUUCAAGGAAGAAGCUCAUCUGAUUUGCUUGGGUUUACCCAGUACUGUAGAUUUACCUAUACGUGGUCCCUAGCUACAGCCAUAUGAAAUUCUUAAGUCAAAAUAGCUGGAAAAUGUUUAAUAGGCAUCAUAACGUAAGUAAUCAUAAAUGCAAAAAUGUCAAAAUAUUGGCAUUGAAUUUGUGCAGUAUAAGAGGUAUUUGCAAACCUCAAAAUGGGCCAUAGAAGGAUCAAAGGAAUCAACCUCAAUUAAGAGCCAAUAUUGUUUCAUAUAAUUGAUAAUGAUGACUGCGAGGGAUAAUAUACAUGUAUUGUAUUAUUUUUAGCCAUAGAGUUGGAAUGUUUUUACUUGAGUCUGACAGCCAUUUAUGUUAACAUAAACCCAUGCACUUCAAGCUAUUGAAGAUAAAGCAUUGUCCUAGGCGACGUGUGAGUGUAUGUGUGUGGGUGUGUUUGGUUUUUUUUUUAGAUAUAUGGCUCUUGUGUGGAACAGAAGAAAGUAAAGGAUAUGGAAAGAUGUUCCAUGGAUAUAGAACAGGUGGGCAGUGUUGAGGGAAAGCAGUUUUUAAACGCUUAGUGCCUCAUCUUAGGUAUUAGUAUAUCAAUCAAUGCAUUCGAAUAACUGAAUUGCUUAUUUCUUACAAUGUUUUGACCAUAAAGAAUAAAUGGAUUUUUCUGUAUUUAAAGAAAAAUACAAUUUUUAGCUGAGUUCUCCUUAUAGAUUGCUUAGCUUGCCGAAUGCUUUUUUUUUUUUUUUUUUUUUUUUGUAAUGUGGUUGUGAAUAUCAAGUGCUUUUCUUAUCCCAUCCAGAUUUACUCACCCUCCCUUUUUAUAAACAUGCAGAGUGUUCUGUGGUUUGGGCCAGAGGGGGCAGGGGAGAGAAAGGUAAUAAAAAAGGAGACAAGAUAGAGCAGCCUUACUUUAGGGACUAGCCUUACAACAGAGCUUUAUAGUGAGAGUGUGCUGUAUUCCAAAUUGUGUAAGCCAAAAAAAAUUUUUUUUAAUUAUGCAAAAUGAGGUGUUAACUUCUUAAAGAAAUAUGAACCUUCUGAAGGUAGAAUAGACUUUCACAAAAUGAUAUAUUGUGAUGCUUCUUGCUGGGUCAGUAGGUUUGGGAUCUGGGAUAUAAGCGCUUAACAUUCCCUUGUGGGUUCUUCGGUUGUUGUUUUUUUGUUUUUGUGUUUUUGUUUUUUGUUUUUUUUAUUUUAAAAAAGCAGUAAGUUAAAUGUGGUAUCAUUGAAUGUGCCUUUUUGAAGAUGUGACUGUCAGCUCAAGAUGAACUCUUGAGCCUGACAGGGAGUGGUGGUCAGUUUGUUCUCUUUAAAGGUCAAAUGAAAGAUUCCAACCUGCGGGUACCUUUUAAUGAAAAGUGUCUUUUGUUGCUGCAUCAUCCGCAGUCGAAUAUUGCAGAUGUUUCCAGGUGCAGAUGGGUUGUAAUUCACAUAAAUUGACAUUAUUUAGGCUAGCUCUCAGUUGGUGGUUGCAUUUGUAUUUGUAUUAUGUAUCAUUACAUUUGUGUAUGUGGCUUGCUUUAAUUUUCCUUUUAAAGCACUGGAAUAUUGAAACGCAGUGAAGUUUGAGAUACAUUUAUGCAUGUAGAGAAGAAGGUAUUUUGUAGCUUUUGCCAGUUAUGUUGUAGGCACAUUUUUGCCCUCUCUGUCAGUGUCUUGAUGAUGGAAAAUAAAAUCUACCCUAUAAUUUCUAGCACACUUAAUGUUGCCAUUUAAAGGAACAGGGUAUUACACAAGAAAAGAUGUUUUUAAAAUGGUGAGAAAGAAGUGUUGUGUAUUUUCUUUUUUAAAAUAAUUGUUUUCCUUGAAGCUGUUCUUAGUUAAACAUGGGAAUCUGCAGUGUCUCUUUUCAUUUCAUAUAUAUUCCACCUCUUCUCUCCAGCUUAAAAGCUUGGUGUAAAAAUCAAGAGCUGCUGUAGCCCCACUGGCUCCGUUCCCCAAUGAAAGCUCCAGCAGGCUCUCUUCAGCUUCAUUCAGGAAGACAAAGGGAGGAGAGAUGCUGCAGCUUCCUUUGCUUCGCUCUCAUUCCUCUCUAAUGGCCUUGAAAUGUAUUAUUAUGCAAAUGUGAAUUUUGAUACUAAACUUUAAGAAGAGGUUUUUUCUUUUUCAAACAAAAAGGUCCCAUAUGUGGUCAGCAUUGCUUCUUUAUCUUGUAAGUGAAUUGUAAACUAUGCAUUCAAUAAGAGAUGGUUUGGGGGAGAAAGAGAGCCCUGCUAAACUGUUGAAACAGUUUCUGUGUCCAUGGAAUUCCCAUUUACAUAUAGGAGAAAAAAGGCUGAGUUCACGGGAAGACUACUUUGAUUGACAGGCAAAUAUUUUUAGUGUAUUUAAAAAUUAUUCAGAAAUAAAUGAUUUAUGCCUAUUACACAGGACUAUGCAUUCUUGCCAUGCAGUGUUACACCAGAGACAACAGCAUGACAUGAAAAGUCCCCUAACUUUCUUCCCACCCACCCACCCCCUCCACAAUUUAUGACCAUCUUCUUCCUCAUCUUCCUUUCAACCUCAGGAAAUCACAAAUCAAGCACUAUCUUUAGGGGUUUGUUGUUUGCUUUCCUUUAAAAAAUGUCUUGGUUUUGAAGUUGCAAUAUACUUUUUUUUCUUUAUGGGUUUCCAUAACUUUUGCCCUUAAAUUUUCCACCAGUUCCCAUCACAGAUGCAAUUUUGAGUAGCAAUACCCACCAGGAAUUGCUGUAGUGUAGUAUAUAUACUGUACUGGCAUUAUUUAAUGGCUUGUAGUGAUCUUUAAAAUUGGGCUAAUGGCCAUCUGUAGAUUAAUACCACUGAUAAAUGGAAGACAAUAAUUGUAGUGAUAAGUGGGAAAUUUAUAUAGAAGUCAUUUUAUAUUUAACUAUUACUUUUACUGUCAAGUUACUUUAGAAGACAAGCAUUUCACAUGUUUACCUCCAAAAUACAGAGGCUGCUUCCUGUGUUAAUCGAGGUAUGUUGUCUUGGGUUUGUGAACUUUGGUCUGCCUUGGUUCACUUGGCAUUAUCUUGGAUGCAGUAUCAUAGCCAAGAGAUUCUCCUAAAAUUCAGUGUUUUUUCAUGCAGUUUCUUUUUGUUGGAUUUCAUAGUACUGUAUUGAAUAAUAGACUUGAUCACACAUUUUCUUGUGCAUAUUUGCCUUGCAGAUGUCAUCUGAUCAGGAUUUUACUCUGAUAGAUGCCUUUUUUUUUAAGAAAAAAGGAGAAAAGGUUUCAGCUCUUUGUUGCAAAAUACCUCGUGGUGCUUAUUCUCCUUUAGUGUAACCAGCCUUUUGAAAAAUCUUAUAUUAUCUUUAAUACUGAGGUUAUAUCUUCCUGUAGUGAUUUGAAGACCGGAUUGAAAGAAUAAAAGCCCUAAUCCUGGCCUGUAUUCUUCAUUCUUUUUGCCUUAUGCAAAAGUCACUUAAGUUUGCCUCUGUUUCCUCAUCUGUAAAAUGAGGAUAGUAAUACUUCUGUCAUAUAGAUUUUGUGAGGAUUGGGUUUUUAUGAAGUGCUUUAAAGAGAAAGUACUUUUUAUAAGUAUUAUUAUAUGGAGGUGUAAUUAACAAGUUAUCUUUUUUCCCAUACUGUUCCUGAGAAAAUGGGAAAAGACACUCUGAUCCUUUACAUUUUAAAUUGUCACACAUUCUGAAUUAUUUUUUACAGUUAAGGCAAAAUUAAAAUGCUGAACUUUUCAUAUUGCUUUAUUAUCUCUUUCUUAUGUUAGAGCCUCCCUUUUGUGACUUGUGUGUGUGUGUGUGUGUGUGUGUAUGUAUAUAUAUAUAUACAUAUACACACACACACACACACAUAUAUAUAUAUAUAGAACAUAUACAAAUGCCAAUCUUUAAUAGGUACAUUUUUAAAAAAUACAUUCUUUCUUGAGUUUAACUAUGUAUAAUUUGCCAUCUUUUAUGUAUUCUAUUUACUAUUGCUUUUAUUAUAUAUGGGCUUUUUGCUAUAUUGACCAUUCAAUGGAAUAGCGUUUGUCCUUUCUGUUGGGAGAAGAAACAUCACUUGCAGUUUGCAAGAGGGUCACAAAAUGACAAUACUUGUUUGAAUAAUCUUCUUAAGGAUGGGGAUGCUAUCUGACUUUCUUCCCUGUUUGUGUGGCUAAACAUAAUGCCGCCUCAUUUCCAACACACACAAGCCAUUGUAUUCCAUAGAACAUGGAAACACGGUAAAUUUCAUUAAUAGAAGCUGCUUGUGAAAUGCCUUACAGCCUUCUCAAAAUCUUUGGGACAGAAAGGGAAGAGGUCUGGGGUAAAUUCUGUAAUUGUCAGGGAGCUUUUGCUUCUUUUUUUCUCUUCUGAUCAUAUUAUUCAACUGUAGGCAUGCAUCUCAGGAAUGUGCAUAUUGAUCCCAGAUGUUUGGAUUUGAAUUUGGUCCUCUUUGGUUCCAUUAUAUAUUUGUUCCAUUGUAUAUUCUUCUAAUUGUACGAAUUCUUCUAAUUAUUCAGUCAUCUGAAUUUUUCCAUCCUUUACUCUUCAAGAAGGAGCUCUGGCCGAAGCUGUUGUGAUCAACAAAUCUAUAAAAUCAGACUCCACAUGAUGUGGAUGUAAUUAAAUGUGGAGGUAUCCCCCCCCAAAAAACCCAAUUGCUUCUCUGUUCAGUGUAGAUUCCAAUUUCCUAGUGCAAACUCCUAGCUUAACGUAGCAGCUUUGUUUUAUUAAUAACUAUGUACUGGGUGGGGGGGGGAGUGGGACAUGUAAUAUUUAAAAUAAAAAAGCAACAUUGGGUGAGACAGGACAAAGAAGUAGGAUAAAGAAGAUAAAAGAAAAAACUAUUACAGCUUCCACUAUUUAGAGAGAGUUGACAUGCUGCUUUAAUUUUAGCCCUCUAGUGGGGCUGUGUUUACAGAAAUGAUUAGGAAACUAUUGAUGUCCAAUUUAGUAAAUUUUGCUUCGUUUCCAUUGAACAUACCCUCUAGUGGAAAAUAUUUUAUCAGAAAAUGGAAGAAGUUAACUCCAUCUAGCCUUAUUUGUAAAGCAAAUUACCUUUAUGUCCAAACUAUCUGGAAUAAAAUGGCAGCUUUUCUGCUUUGCACAUAAAUAUCUAACUUGAAGGUACAGUUGAAAUGCUAUUGCCUAAAACACUGUCCCUUCGUGAAGCAGGCAUAAUAGUGGAUACAUGUAUUGAGGCUCUUUGCAAAGAUACCUAUUAGUAUUUUUCCUUAUACUUGAAAUAAUGUACUCAUCUUCUUUUGUCUGUUGGCCAUUUAAACAGUGUAGGAAAUGGGAAUUAGGAAAAGGCACACUAUAUUAUCGUACUAGGGUUUAUUCUUAAUUUCCUCCAGUUUCACCUUCAUUUCAGUUUACUUUUUAUCCCUGGGAUUCAUGUGGACACAGAAACUUGGCACUUUGUGCUGUUGCAUGGCAUGCUGCCCUCCCCUUCUCCCUCUCUUCUUUAUUUUUAGUAUAGUGGUACUUAAAAUCACUGGUUCACUUAAAGACAAUAAAAUGUUUAAACUCUACUAAUGUACAAAUAAGCUGAAAUGUUGCAUUUAUAUGUAUUUUGCCAUAGCAGGGUACUGUAUUUCUCAUGCUGGAUUUCAAACCAACAAAGGGUGGUUUUAUUGGAGUGUAACAAGUUGAGGGUAAUAAGGAAUCGAGUCGUCGUCAUUUCAUUGAAAUUGAGAGAUGGUAAUAAAACAUAUAUUAUGUUUUCUGAAGGUUGUUUUGCUUUUAAACAGCUUUUGUUUUUAUUUUGUUUUAUUUUAUUUUUUAAAAGAUAUGAUUGUAUUAUGUGCAACUCAGUUGCUUACAUUAUAACUACAAAAUAUUUUUGGGUUCCUGGAAAAAGAAAGACUAAUAAAUGUGUUUGGCUGCUAAGCAUUUAAACUGGU